AUGUUUAUCAACCAGUGUGAUAUGAACGCAGACUCAAAAUAUUUGAAUAGGACUUUAGAGGACUCCUUUAAAGAAUUGGAACAAGCUUUUGGUUGCCCUAAGACUCAAGUCCAAACAAAUGGAACGAACGUUUUUGAUCAUUCAACUAUUAUGAAUGACUUCUUUCCAAAAGCUUAUGGAGCUGAGUUUAGUUACCAUUCUUCUCCAACUUCUUCAAAGUCAAUUUCAAAUGAUUCUUCUCAAAUUUUCAGUAACCAUUUCACACAACUUGAAGAUAAUGAUACCACCGAUAUUACUUGUCAUAGUAAUUCCAUGUUUGAUUACCCGCAAGGAUAUUCAAACCCAAAGGGUGAUUUGAGUCACUUCAACUAUACAUAUGAUAUGAAUCAUUACAAGAAGAGUGGGAAUAGUAUAGAAACUCAUGAGCUACAAAAGCCAAGAUAUUUUAAGACUGAUGAUAUCUUUACUUAUUCACCUAAUCAUCUCACUAAACCUAAUUGUUCCACAAUUAUUCCUACUUGGAUUAACAUACCAGAUGGGUCCAGAUUUUUUGUUAUCAAGUCUAUAAAUUUGGAACAUAUUAAAAAAUCAUUUUAUAAUGGAAUAUGGUCAUCUACACAUUUCGGUAACAAGAGGUUAUCACAAGCCUUCAAACAAUUAAAUCAAAAUGAGAAGAUAUUUCUUUUCUUUUCUGCGAAUGGCUCUGGUAAAUUUUGUGGUGUGGCUGAAAUGAUUUCAAAUAUUCUUUCUGAUGUAGAUACGAAAGAUGUAUGGGAAAAUAAUGAAAAAUAUGGGAAAGCCUUUAAAGUAAAAUGGACAAUAGUUCGUGAUAUUCAUAAUAAAAAUUUGAAAAGGUUUUUAAACCCAUUAAAUGAAAUGAAACCUGUUACUAAUUCAAGAGAUACUCAAGAGAUACCAUUUCCCAUUGGCCAUUCCAUGAUGAAAUUAUUUAAGUCAGACCAGCUUGAGGAUUCUUCCUUUUUAGAUGAGGGUUAUACGUAG